GCGACGAGUCCGACAGUGAAGUGCGCGAUAUCAUGCCAUACGUGCCGGAAUAAAAACUUCCAAGAUUACGUACAUAUCCACGCGCGUGUAUAAAACGCGCACGCAUUCGCACACGUCAUAGACACACAUACAUAUGCAUGCCUUUCAUACACGUGGCUAAUGAUGGAACGCGCCAUCUCACUUUAGAAAAACAGUCUUCUACCUGCGUUCUUGCCUACCUGAUGUCUGCCUAAGCGUCUAAAGUCCUUUGCCGGUGAUUGCGUGAAGUUUACAGAAAUACAGUGUGAACCGGGAAGGAAAGGAUCAAGUCUAUAAUUAUUUGAAAAAAGUACUUAGCAAGUAACAUGGAAAUUUUUGGUGUUAAAUUCGCGCCGUUAAAUAUACCGUUGGAAAGGAGGCUGCAAACUUUGGUCGCCGCAACAUGGAUGUUUUUUACUGCUUUCGGCGAUUUUUUGGGAUUUGUCUUAACGGCCUAUUUUCUAUUCUACACGCAAACGUUGCGCUACGUUGUGCUACUGUAUUUCGUCUGGAUGUAUUACGAUUGGGACACUUGCAACCGCGGUGGUAGGAGUUCAUUCCUGUUAAAGUGGACGAGAAACAACGUAUUAUGGCGUUACUUUUGCAAUUAUUUUCCUAUAAAGUUAGUGAAAACGGUUGAUCUGGACUCCACGAAGUCGUACCUUUUCAUCUGUGUUCCUCAUGGUAUUUUGUCAGUGGGAUUUGUGGGUUCUUUCGGGACAGACGCGGUAGAUUGCAAAAAGCUAUUCCCCGGAAUGGACAUGCGUCCAAUUACCCUCGAGCAACAUUUUAAAAUACCUUUCAUGAGAGAAUAUGCUUAUUCUUUGGGCGCCUGCUCUUCUAACGCGGAGAGUAUCGAGUACUUGCUAUCAACACCGCCGGAAAGCCCGGACACCGGAAGAAUUACAAUUCUCAUUAUCGGCGGUGCUUCUGAAGCGAUGGAAUCGAGGCCAGGCGUUUAUUGCACUCUUCUAAACAAAAGGAAAGGCUUCGUAAAAUUGGCGCUAAAGCACGGCACCUCGUUGGUUCCUGUUUUCUCCUUUGGCGAGCCGGAUUUGUUCAAUCAGUUGUACUAUCCAGAAGGAUCAAUUGUAAAACGCAUCCAACACUAUAUUCGCAAUAUCAUAGGACUGGCACCUAUUAUAUUCUCGGGUAGAGGAUUCUUCCAGUAUUCGUUUGGCAUAAUUCCGCAACGAUCACCCAUCACCGUAGUCGUUGGCGAUCCUAUCGAGUUACCGAAAAUAGAGAAACCCACGACUGAGCAGAUUGACGAAUAUCACAAAAAAUUCACAGAAAGUUUGAUUAAUCUCUUCGAAACACAUAAACAUAAAUACAUAAAAAAUGCGGAGACCACUAGCCUGGAGUUCUACGGAUAACACAUAUAGGAUGAUUUAAAUUCUAAAUUAAAUGGUUAUUUCAGAAUUUGGAUUGAGGGAAUCGUGAUUUUUUGUUGGAUGUAAGCAAACUUUUUUUACACAUUUAUUAAAAUAUUUUAUAGAUUUUUUAUAUUUCAUAUAGAUAAUAAGUAUCGAACAGAAGAUAUAAACACACAUAAAAAUGUUUAUUGCAUUCAAUUUAGUAACAUGAUGUCACCAUCAUCAUCUUCUAUACAAAUUAAAUAUCCAGCAUUCCUAUAUCGUACUAAUCAUACG